CUCGACGACCAUGUCAACAAAACUUCACUUAUCAUCGUUCUUCAUCGUUUCCUUAUUUCUGCACCUUUCCUUCCACUCCAACGCUGACGUUGGUACCGCUACUAGUUACUCUCCUCCAUAUUUACCGUCGGAGUGUUACGGCAGCGACGCCACACAGUUCCCGUCGAGCAAUCUAUUUGCGGCAGCCGGAGAUGGAAUAUGGGAUAAUGGAGCGGCGUGUGGGAGGCAGUAUCUGGUGAGGUGUAUUAGUGCAGAGCAACCUAUGACUUGCAUUCCCGACCAGAGCAUUCAAAUCAAGAUUGUUGAUUACGCCGCCUCUGCGGUGUCGCGGCCGUUAGUUGGCGGCACCACCAUAGUUUUAUCCGAUACAGCAUUCGGGACCAUUGCCAAUAUAUCUGCCGGCUUGAUAAAUAUAGAAUUUCAACAGGUCUGAUAUACUAGUCACAUGUAUGUGCUAUGAAGAUGAAGUUGAAUUGGUGUCAAUUCUAGACUCGGAAAAUUGACAAGAGAAUUAUUCUUCAAAAGAGAAACAAUAUUCAUCCGGAAG